UCGCUGCGAGGGCAGGAGCGGAUUUAAAAGAGGCCUGGGCGGGCGGAGGGAGGCUGUGGUGAGUUUCCAGCGCCGAGCGCCGAGCGCAGCGCACAGCCUCCGCCGCCAGGCACCCACCGAAGGGGAGCCGCGGGCGCCAGCAAGCCGGGAGGCGCGCUCCGGACCUCCAGGCGUGUGCGGGCCAGUAGCAGCGUUGGGCGGGCGCCCUCCCGAGUCCCUGCUCCCGCGCCGCGCCCCUCCGGCCAGCAUGAGGUUCCUGACCGCCGCGCUGCUGCUGCUUCUCCUGGCACUGUGCGCCGUGCGCGUGGACGGGUCCAAAUGCAAGUGCUCCCGGAAGGGGCCCAAGAUCCGUUACAGCGACGUGAAGAAGCUGGAAAUGAAGCCAAAGUACCCGCACUGUGAGGAGAAGAUGGUGAUCAUCACCACCAAGAGUGUGUCCAGGUACCGGGGUCAGGAGCACUGUCUGCACCCCAAGCUUCAGAGCACCAAGAGGUUCAUCAAGUGGUACAACGCCUGGAACGAGAAGCGCAGGGUCUACGAAGAAUAGGGUGGAGAAUCCCAGACGGGCAAAUUUCACGGCGGUGAGAGGUGCACAAAGGACUUUGCCGAUUCUCAGAACAAACCAACCCUUUCUUUCUCACAGGCAUAAGACACACAUUACAUACUGUUACCAAGCACUUUUUACCGAGGGUCAGUUUUUACAUUUUAUAGCUGUGUGCAAAAGGCUUCCAGAUGUGAGACCCCCUUUCUCUCUUGCACUCCAGACUUCAUCACAGGCUGUUUGGGACUGAAAAGGGGAAACUCAUGACUUUGUAAAAGAAAAAAAAAGACAG